GAAUAACCUUAAUCUGUUUCAUAGCCAGCCAAAGAAAUGGCGAGUGCAACGCUUAUUGCUCUCUUCCUUCUUUCAGCCCUAACCUUCUACGCUCCUUCAACCACCGCUCAACCUGUCAAGGACUGGAAUGGUAACAUCGAUAAAAAUGGUGGCAUAUUUGGCACAUUCUAUAUAUUGCCGUCACUAUUAGGAGCCCCCGGAGGAGUUCGACUACUUGCAACAGGUAACGAACCUUUCCCUGUCUCUGUUGUGCAAUCUCCCUUCAAGGACGAUAAAGGGCUUCCAGUUACCAUUUCACGCAUACUCCAAAGCACAUAUAGCCCUGCAGGUCAAGCAGUGGCCCUUAGCUUCGACUAUACUCCUGGAGGAACCUCUCUUCUCUGGACCGCCGUUGAGGGUUUUCCUGAAGGAACCCUCGUUAAAAUUGAUGGUUAUUACCCAGAUCCACUCAAGGGUUUUUUCUAUAUCAGAGAUUCUAAAUUUGGAUUGAAGGACUCCAUUAAUCUUUCCUUCUGCAGAAGCCUCAUAGGCGUCAUCCCGGCUUGCAGUAAUGUUACUGUUGUUAAGAGUGAUGGGAACUUGCUUUUGGCUUUCACUCAGGAGGAUGCAUACGAUUUUCGUCUUGAGGAAUAUCAGCCACCAUCUGCUGAUGCUUGAAAAAUCGCACACUUUCUCCUUGUGAUAGCCGGUGAUACUAUAUGCUUUGGGUGUAAUAAACCAAUGCAUGCUAAAUAAAAUAACCGGUAUUUGGUUUUUCUAACGUUCAUAUUUGUACCUGUGCUACUAUAUGCUUUGGGCGUAAUAAACCAAUGCAUGCUAAAUAAAAUAAUCAGUAUUUGGUUUUCUUAACGU